AUGUCGGGCAGAAAGGCGUAUGCCCGAGCCGCUCCUGACGAAACCUCGGGACGCGAGCCCGAGCCCGAAAUUACCUUCCCGACCGGAGCUUCCGAGCGCCCCGAUCACGACGACGCCUUAGUGAUAUCGGCCAGGAUAGCCAACGCGCAAGUGAGGAGGAUCAUGGUCGACACAGGAAGCUCGGCCGACAUACUUUACUUCGACGCCUUCCAGAAGCUGGGUUUGGCCAGAGAAAGUCUGAGCCCGAUGUGCUCGACACUCACUGGCUUCACGGGAGAUUCGAUAUCACCCCUGGGAGCUGUUACUUUGCCCUUGACUCUGGGGGCUCCGUCGAGGUCGAAAACGGUGAUGACCACAUUCUUGGUGGUCGACCUUCCCACCGCCUACAAUGCCAUACUCGGCCGGCCGACCCUCAACAAGGUCAGGGCCGCUGUCUCAACCUACUACCAGACCAUCAAGUUCCCAACUCGUGCGGGAGUCGGGGAAGUCACGGGAAGCCCCCGAGAGUCUAGGUGA